AUGAGUGACCUACAGAGGCAAUGGGCCAAAUCGAAGUUGUCAAGCUUCCCCCCACCGCCAAUAUUCAACGAAGCCGAUGAGGAUGAAGAGACGGACAACUUUGACACGGGUCUACCGAACGACGAUGACUCCUCUUCGGCAUCAUCUGCUUCUUCGACCGGCACAGUGAUUCCAUCUUCAGACCAGCGACUAUUUGCAAGACCUCAAGGGCCCCCAAACAAGAGAUCUUUAGACCAGAUUCCGUGGACUACGUACUUCGAGCGUGAGCUAUUCCUCGAAUCCGUGGAGGGUAAUUGCACGACCACGCAUCAUGCGUAUCUUACCUCGCCUGUGGGUACAUCACCCUUAUUCAUCACUCAUCAUGGUGCAGGUUCCUCUGGUCUUUCAUUCGCAGUAUUAACUGCAGAGAUUCGGAAGCGUUUACCGAUGGCGGGCAUUCUUUCUAUUGAUGCGCGAGGUCACGGCUCAACAACCAUGAAACCAGAACCAGAAACUAUGGAUCUAAGUCUCGACACUCUCUCUGCUGAUCUAUUGAGGGUGAUCCAAGAGACAAAAGUCAGAAUGGGUUGGCAAGACCUACCCCCUUUGUUGCUCAUAGGCCAUUCUCUUGGCGGGGCCGUGGUGACGGAUGUUGCAAAGAGCGGCAAGCUGGGCAAUGCAGUCUUGGGAUAUGCUGUGCUUGACGUGGUAGAAGGAUCUGCCAUAGACGCUUUGCAAAGUAUGCAAACGUACCUAUCCACACGGCCGCUUGGCUUUGCGUCCUUGGAGUCGGGCAUAGACUGGCAUAUCAGAUCACGAACUAUUAGAAACUCGCUCUCAGCUCGCACAAGUGUGCCUGCACUUCUCUGUUACAAGGAAGAGAAUAUCCCGAGACCAUGGGUCUGGAAGACCGAUCUUGCUGCGACGCAGCCGUUCUGGGAAGGGUGGUUUGUUGGUCUCAGCAAAAAGUUCCUCGAAGCUCGUGGGGGAAAGCUCCUAAUUCUUGCGGGAACAGACCGACUUGAUACAGAACUUACGAUUGGACAAAUGCAAGGCAAGUAUUCGUUGCAGGUACUCCCGGAAGCCGGUCAUUUCCUGCAUGAAGACCUCCCAGAGAAAACUGCUAUGAUAAUCGUUGAUUUCUAUAAGAGGAAUGAUCGGAGUACCUUGGUCCUACCACCGAAAGUCUCAGAUCUCCUGCGAGCGGGCAAGAAGAUACAAAUUACGACCGAAUCGCUCAAAGAAUCUGCCGCAUCCGCCGCUGUAGCUGUAGAAUCGUACCUGGAAUCUCUGCCAGACGAGCCAGGGUUUCAAAGCGCCCUUUCUGACAUUGCAAGGAACCCGGCUGGUCUUAUGUCCCUCUCGCAAUACCUACCAUCUAUCACAUCGGCGCUUGGAGAAGGCUCUGUGCCAGCUAGUUUCUUUAGCAAUCUCCCAACCGGCCAGGCCUUCAGUCUUAUAAGUAGCGUGGCAUCGGAAGCAAACGCACUCUUAACGGCGCCACUACCAACCGGGACUGGGGACGACCUCGAGAUUUUGAAAGGUGCACCUAAACCCAAACCCAGACCUACUAUGCCUCAAACAGAUACCACAGCGGAUUCUGUUACGGGGAUGGCAACCGGAACAGCAAGUACAUCCGCGAGCACAAGUACGAGCAAAGCAGGCGCUAUGGAGACUGGGAAAGCUAUUGGUAUUGCCGCAGCCGCAGGAGCAGGCUUUCUUGGGUUUGUUAUGGCAUUGUAA